AUGAGCAUUGACGGAGACCAACCAACAGACCCUUUGUCACAGCGCAGAGGCAAUGCCCGACAGCGCGCUCAGCAGUGGGUGACCAAGGGCGCGCUGGUCCGCGACGACUCUGACGACGAACUGGGCGACGAAGAUCACCCGUGGGAUUGGAUAUACGAUGCAGAGGCCGAGACCAAGGACGAAGCUGACGAUGGAAUCCCCGAGAAAGCCAGCCGCCGUCGCUCUUCGCGCCCUUUGCAGAAAAAACGGACCAUUGUGGGCGCACGAAUGGGGAGUUUUGAAUGCAGACUGGGUCAGGUCAUCUUAUUGAAGUCACCAGAACCCGGGAAGGACUGGGUGGGGAUUAUCACGGAAUUCGUCGAGGAAGAGGACGAAGAAGACGAAGGGGAGAUCAUCAAGUCCGCCAACAUCAUGUGGUUCGCAUCUCCGGAUGAAUUCCUGACUACGAGAAAUAAGCGGAGGCCUGAUGCACUGCCCAACGAGCAAUACCUGACGGCGGAUUUUAACGUCAACCCCUUGACUUCAAUUGACGGCAAGGCGAUGGUCAUGUCGAAGGACGCCUUCUACGCAAAGUACCCAAAUGGCACACCUCCCAAGAACAAAAACGAAUUGGCCGAGUUCAACAAGUGCAUUGUGUACCAGGAAGAUAAUAUUUUUCAUCUCAUCAGCAUGAUCAAGGACGGCCUGAAAGCUGCCAAGAAACGCAAAGUUGAAGAUACCGACUAUGUCGAGACCAAGGGUGAAAGUGUGGCUCCUGCGACGCCGAGAAAGAAGCAGAGGUUGGCCUCGAACGCCACACCUCAAUCCCAGCGCAAAAAGGCUUUGACCACACCAACACAUAAACGCAUCGUGGUGAAGAAGCCUCUCGAAUUCACGCCGCUUGGUACUCGAGUCCUCUCGCCUUCGCAUUUUGCCUCGCCUUAUCGCCAGGCGCGAACAUUGCUGCAUGUCUCGACAGUCCCAGACUCUCUUCCUUGCCGAAAGAACGAGUUCAACACAGUAUACAACCAUCUCAGCGCGGCAAUCAUGGAAGGCACUGGCGCAUGCAUCUACAUCUCGGGAACACCGGGUACUGGUAAAACUGCGACAGUGCGUGAAGUUGUCGCACAGCUUAACUCUGCCGUCCUAGCAGAGGAGAUGGAUGAUUUUAUCUUCGUCGAGAUUAACGGCAUGAAAGUCACCGAUCCCCAUCAAUCAUACUCUUUGCUGUGGGAAGCCUUAAAAGGCGAUCGAGUGUCCCCUUCCCAUGCACUCGACCUUCUGGAAAGAGAAUUCUCUCACCCCUCGCCUCGCCGGGUCUCCUGUGUGGUACUCAUGGAUGAAUUGGACCAGCUGGUCACGAAGAACCAGUCCGUCAUGUACAACUUCUUCAACUGGCCCGCGCUCCGCCACUCGCGUCUCAUCGUCUUAGCCGUCGCCAACACUAUGGACCUUCCCGAACGAACCCUCAGCAACAAGAUCUCUAGUCGUCUCGGUCUCACCCGUAUCACUUUCCCAGGAUACCGACACACGGAUCUCAUGGAGAUCAUCAGCACCCGCCUGGCCAAUGUGCCCGGGAAUAUCGUCGACGCAGAUGCCGUCCAAUUCGCCAGCCGCAAAGUCGCCGCUGUCAGCGGCGAUGCACGACGCGCCCUGGAUAUCUGCCGGCGCGCCGUCGAAAUAGCAGAGCAAGCUGCCGACGAGGCUGCGGCUGGAGACUCAACAGCCAAAGACGACGUCGAGUCUUUGCCCCCAACACCUACCAAAACGCCUGCUCGACGCAACAAAGCACUCACAGACAAAGCAAACGGCGUAUCCCCUGCUCCGAAACCUGUCCCGGGCAAAGGCGCGCCCGGCCGCGUGACAAUCGCCACUAUCAAGCAAGCCAUCCAGGAAGCGACCUCUACUCCGCUCCAGCAAUCUCUCCGCUGCCUCCCACUUUCAGGGAAACUGUUCCUCGCCGCACUGUUGGCGCGUGUCCACCGCACCGGGAUCACCGAGUCAACCUUUGGCGAUGUCUUGGACGAGGCGCGUCGCAUUGCCGAUGCUGCUGUGGCUGUGGCCGGGGCUGCCGGGGUAGGAGUCAAGGAUUUCCUGCUUGGAGGAGGCCCCGGGGCCCGCGUGCGAGCACUGGGCUUCGCGGCGAUGGAACUCAUGAACUCGGGCGUCUUGGCUCUAGAGCAGGGCACCGGGUCCAAAACCGUGCUGGGCGGCUCUACGAUUCCCUCGCGCGGUGACCGGAGCAGCAAGGUUCGGCUCCGCGUUGCUGCGGAAGAUGUCAAGGUUGCGUUCCGCGAGGAUAUCGAGGCUAAAGGCUUUGGGCUGGGACUUGAGCAAUGA